AUGAUUUCAUGGUGACUUUAAAGUAGACUGGAAAACAGUGAUUAAUGAUACAGCUGAGUCUAUUAUAUGAAGGAAACUUCAUCUCCUUCAGCAGCAUGGAAAUAAUCACAUUGUGGCUACAUCAAAGCGAAGCAAGAUCCAGAUGAAGAAAAAAUGCAGUUUCAGAACGGGAGAGUGAAACUGCCAGGAAGCAGGACGUACAUUCACCCCCACACUUAUGAGGACCCAAAUCAAGCCGUCCGAGAUUUUGCCAAGGAAAUCGAUGCCUCUAAUAUACGUAUAGAGAGAGUUAUAGGUGCAGGUGAGUUUGGUGAGGUUUGCAGUGGCCGUCUGAAGCUCCCCAGCAAGAGAGAAAUCUACGUGGCCAUCAAAAGUCUGAAAGCAGGAUACUCCGAAAAGCAGAGGCGGGACUUCCUGAGCGAGGCCAGCAUCAUGGGACAGUUCGACCACCCCAACAUCAUCCGACUGGAGGGAGUCGUUACCAGAUGCAAGCCCGUGAUGAUUAUUACAGAGUACAUGGAGAAUGGAUCGUUGGAUACUUUCCUGAAGAAGCACGAUGGGCAGUUUACAGUCAUUCAGCUGGUGGGGAUGAUGCGUGGUAUUGCCUCAGGAAUGAAGUAUCUGUCUGACAUGAGCUACGUCCAUCGUGACCUGGCGGCACGAAACAUCCUGGUGAACAGUAACCUGGUGUGCAAAGUGUCCGACUUCGGCCUGUCCAGAGUGUUAGAGGACGACCCUGAAGCUGCGUACACCACACGGGGUGGAAAAAUUCCCAUUCGAUGGACGGCUCCUGAGGCUAUAGCGUACAGGAAGUUCACCUCAGCAAGUGACGUUUGGAGUUACGGCAUCGUCAUGUGGGAGGUGAUCUCAUAUGGAGAGCGGCCUUAUUGGGAGAUGUCUAAUCAAGACGUGAUUAAAGCUAUAGAUGAGGGUUACAGGCUGCCCGCUCCGAUGGACUGUCCCGUGGUCCUCCACCAGCUGAUGUUGGACUGCUGGGAGAAGACUAGAAGCGAACGGCCCAAAUUUGGGCAGAUUGUCAACACUCUUGACAAACUCAUCCGCAACCCCAACAGUCUGAAAGAGCUUGCCAACAGCUCAGUCUGGGAAGACCCCACCACCCCAGAGUUCAGCGUGAGUACGGUGGAUGAAUGGCUAGACGCCAUCAGUAUGGGCCAGUACAAGGACAACUUCGCCAGCGCUGGCUACGUUUCUCUAGAUUCCAUACUGUACAUCAGCUUGUGUGAGUUAAGCAAGAUGGGUGUGACUCUGGUGGGGCACCAAAAGAAGAUUGUCUCUGCCGUCCAGAGUUUGCACGCACAGGGGACACACGUGCAGGUAUAACAAGCCUUCUCCACCGCCUGAGAGCGUACAGACUGAGAGAGUUAACAACUGCUCCCACUACAGUCCCUAUCAGCAGCUUCACUGUACAGUUCCCACCCUGGAUGUUUCCGCAUUACGACCCUUUCGUCAGCGCUCUGGCUUCCGUCCAUGCACGUCCGAGCUUCCUACGAGCCGAGGGACACACCGAGACCGAUCUGCAACCGCUUGACAAGGCCACGGCAAAUCAGAUAUGAAGUAUGGUUAUUAAACAAAAAAAAAGGAACAAUAAUACAUUAGGGAGAAUU